AUGGCGCGACAGAACAACAUUACAGAGCUAAUGGUCAAGCAGCAAGGAAUGAUUUCAUUACCUCCAUUAGAUAUCCCAACUUUCAGCGGUGAUCCAUUAGACUACAACUCAUUUAUGAGAGCAUUUGAGCAUGGUGUUGAAUCCCGCACAGAAAGCUUCAAGGAUCGUCUCUACUACUUGGAACAGUUCACUGAAGGACGGCCCAAGGAGUUGAUUAAAAGCUGCCUUCAUAUGAGACCAGAAGGAGGAUACCAAAGGGCUAAACAGCUAUUGAAGGAGCAUUUUGGAAAUGACUACAAAAUUGCUUCAGCCUACAUGAACAAAGUAUUGGACUGGUCACCCAUCAAGCCAGAGGAUGCAGAGGCUUUAAAUGCAUUUUCACUCUUCCUGACAGCCUGCUGUAACACCAUGACUGAAGUGAGCUACAUGGAAGAGUUAGACAAUGUUGCAAACUUAAAAGCCAUUGUAGCAAAGCUUCCAUUCAAGCUGCGGGAAAAAUGGAGAAGUAUUGUGUGGAGCAUACAGGAAGAAUGUGAAAGACGAGUAAAGUUUAAGGACUUGGCUGUGUAUAUCAGUAAGCAGGCCAAAGUUGCUCUUCAUCCAGUCUUUGGUGAAAUAAGGGACAGCAUUGCAACUAAAACAUCUUCAUUUAAACAAAGUGAUCAAAAAGGGCCAAGAAAAGGCAUAGCUAGGAAGUCAUUCAUCACAAGUGCUGUUCAGUUGGAUAAACAAAGAAAAGAUGCAGAAUCUAUUAAACACUCAGCUACAACCACCUCAGCAACCUCGCCGUGUCUCUUUUGCAAAGGUGAGCAUGAAGUAGCGACCUGUGACAUGUUAAAAGGCAAAUCCCACAAAGAAAAACUGGACUAUUUGAAGAAUGAAGGACUUUGUUUCAGCUGCCUCAAGCAUGGUCACCUGAGUAAAUUCUGCAAAAAUAAAAUGAGCUGUGAGGUAUGUUCUUUUAAACACCCCACACUCCUGCACAUUAAGAAAAAGGACUCAGUUUCUGGUGCAGAAAGGAGGACAGAUAACAAUGAUGGUCAAACAGUAUUGAGCGCAUUUGUGCGUGCUCAGUCUGACGAGCCGGAUCUCACUGGGGCUGGAGAGGAUGAUUGUACGCUUGCAAUAAUUCCAGUUCGAGUCAAAUCAAAGACAGGAAACACAAUGGUGCAAACCUAUGCCUUUCUGGAUCGAGGAAGCUCGGCUACAUUUUGCACGGAGUCGCUAAUGAACGACUUAAAGGUUAACGGACGAAAGACAGAUAUGCUACUGAGAACCAUGAGUGAAGAAAAACCUGUGGCUACUUACGUCGUGUCUGGUUUACAGGUCAGCAGUUUGUCAAGUGAUGAGUUUAUUGAUCUCCCAGAUGCUUUCACUCAUAAGACAAUACCUGUGGGAAAGGAAAACAUUCCACGACAGAAGGACCUUGAAAGGUGGCCCUACCUUAAAGACAUAAAACUGCCUCAUAUUGAAGCUAACAUUGGCUUGCUUAUUGGAGCAAAUGCACCAAAGGCCAUGGAGCCAUGGGAGGUUGUGAGCAGCGUUGGUAAUGGACCAUACGCAGUGAGAACCAAACUUGGUUGGACAAUAAAUGGGCCUUUGAGAGAAAGCUGCAGCUACUACGACAAUAGAAAACCUAUGAAAGCUGUAGCAAACAGGAUUUCAGCAGCAAAUUUGGAACAUUGGUGGCUGCAACAGUUUCGGAUGGAUUUCCCAGAAGGAGGAAAACACGAGGAAGUGGAAAUGUCCAGAGAAGAUCACCAGUUUAUGGACCUAGUAACAGACUCUGCUAAGCUGGUAGAGGGCCACUAUGUUGUCUGUUUGCCAAAAAAGAUCAAGAUGCUCAGCAUGCCAAACAAUCGAACAAUGGCUGAACAGCGAGCGCAGAGUCUGAAAAAGAUGUUCAAGAAGGAUGACUGCUUUCAUAAGGAAUACACAGAGUUCAUGAAGGAUCUUCUCCAGAAGGGUUACGCGGUGCAGUUGCCUGAUGAAGAUUUACAGCACCGGGAAGACGGGAAUUACAGUGAACCUCUGGCAGAGCACAAGAUGACAGUGCACCUGUUUGGAGCAACAUCAUCACCGAGUUGCGUCAGCUUUGCUUUGAGGAAGUGUGCUGAAGACCAAAGUCAGCAUUUCAGAACAGAGAUUGUGCAGACAGUACUGGAGAACUUUUAUGUGGAUGAUUGCCUCAAGUCUGUUCCCACAGAAGAGGAGGCUAUAUCAAUGUGCCAUGAUCUUAGAAGAAUCUGUGGCAACGGAGGCUUCCGUCUCAACAAGUGGGUGAGUAACUGCUGCAGAGUCCUGGACUCCAUUCCAAAAUCUGAGUUAUCAAAGGAGAUGAAAACCUUGGAUCUCGAUCGAGAUGAGCUUCCAAUGGAGAGAGCCCUUGGUCUCAAUUGGAGUGUAGAGUCUGACACAUUUAAAUUUAAAAUCACCAUCAGAGACCGCCCAUUCACAAGAAGGGGUCUGCUCUCAGUUAUUGGCUCAGCAUAUGACCCAUUAGGCACACUGGCACCAGUUGUGUUGCCAGCCAAGCUUAUGUUGCAAGAUUUGUGCAGAUUGAAGAUUGGGUAGGAUGAUAAAUUACCGGAUGACAUCAAGGACAGAUGGUUGGGCUGGUUAGCCAGUCUUCCUGCAUUAGAGCACUUCUACCUCCCCAGAUGCAUGAAGCCUAAAGAUUUUGGAAAGUGUGCAUUUGCGCAAUUACACCACUUCGCAGAUGCAAGUGAGGAUGCGUACGGAUCAGUCAGCUAUCUCCUGAUGCGGAGCAUGACUAACAAGCCACACUUUGCGUUUAUGCUGGGCAAGUCCCGAGUGGCACCUCUGAGGGCACCAACCAUCCCAAGGAUGGAGUUGACAGCGGCCACAGUGGCGGUAAAAAUGGAUGCCGUUCUGAGAAGAGAGCUGCAACUGGACCUCACACAAUCAGUGUUCUGGACUGAUAGUACAGUUGUCCUAAAGUAUCUACACAAUGAGACAACACGUUACUGGACAUUCGUGGCAAACAGAGUUUCAGCCAUUCUGCAAGCAUCGGAUGUUAGACAAUGGAGACACGUCGGCACUGACAAGAACCCAGCAGACACCGCCUCUAGAGGGCAAAGGGUGAGUGAUUUCAUGAAAAAUCAAAAUUGGGUGUCAGGGCCAGAUUUCCUUUGCAAGCCUGUUGAGUGUUGGCCAAAGAUGCCAUCAAGUGAUGCAGAAACAGCUGCAGAUGAUCCAGAGAUCAAAAGAGUUGCAGUGAACCUGAUGAGUGCUGAAGAAAAUGUAGUUCCGUUCAAAAAACUGAUCGGCUACUUCUCAUCAUGGUAUAAGUUGAAACGAACUGUAGCAUGGUUCUUGAAGCUUAAACCUUUACUUCAAAGUCUCUGCCAAAAACGCAAAGACCUGCAUGUGGCCUGUGAGGAAGCUGGGCAUGACAGUGGUCACCAGUGGGUCCAAAGUCAAUUGGAAAACUUUAAAAGAAAGUACAAAGGUGCACCAAUUUCGGUGAAAGAACUUGACAUGGCAGAGUUGUGUGUCAUCCAAUUUUGUCAGAAUGAGAAAUUUUCUGAAGAAGUUAAAAGUCUGGGCAAAGGACAGAAUGUGAAGCGGAGCAGUCCUUUAUACAGGUUGAAUCCUGUUCUUCAGGAUGGGGUGUUACGAGUUGGUGGACGUUUGAGUCGGGCUGCUAUGCCAGAGAACAGAAAGCAACCUAUCAUCCUGUCCAAAGAUUUCCACAUUUCAGGCUUGGUUCUUUAUCAGAUUCACAAAGAGACUGGGCAUGGAGGGCGCAACCACAUGCUUUCAGAGUUACGUCAGAAGUUUUGGAUCACAAGUGCCAAUGCAGCCAUCAGAACAAUCUGC